AGCGUGUCCAUGUGACCGGUCUCAUGACCUGAACGCUCUGGCGGUCCACCGCGUCCUGCAAGCUUGCAACCGCUACGUUUUCUCGUGCCAUCACCCCACGAGCUUUGCACAUCAUGAACGGAGAAACCCAUCCGCCUGCCGUGCAGCACAUGGCCCAACACGUUCUCAACCAAUUACAAGAACAUCGAUCACGAUAUCCGCCGAGUUUACGACCGACCCCCUUAUUUGUCGGCGUCCAAGGUCCACAGGGUAGCGGAAAGACUUUCCUGACUUCCCGCCUCCGUACCCACCUUUCCAGUCCACCACACGCCCUCUCCGUCACCGUGCUUUCUAUUGACGAUCUCUAUCUUCCGCACUCUGGGCUCCAAAGCCUUGCAGAAAGCCAUCCCAACAAUAUCCUCUUUCAGGGAAGGGGACAGCCAGGAACGCACGAUGUACCUCUCGGUACUUCGGUCCUGAAGAACCUCAAAAAGAUCAAUGACGUUGAUGCAGGGGCUGUCGACAUCCCUUUCUUCGAUAAGAGUCUAUUUAAUGGAAAGGGGGAUCGUGUAUCUCAUGGUGAGACAGUGAAAGGGCCCGUGGACGUAGUAGUGCUGGAGGGAUGGUGUGUGGGAUUUUUCCCUACGAGUAAAGAGCUCGUCGAAGAAAGGUGGAAACAGCCUGUCCCGACUCUCGAGCCUGAUAUCUUUGACAUGAAAACCUUUGUGUCCGUGGAUCACGUACUGGCCGUCAACGAGCGAUUAAAGCGAUACGUCGAAUGGUGGGAUGCACUGGAUGCUUUCAUUCAGAUAAAGGGGCCUUCAUCUGCACAGCUGUCUAUCAUAUAUAAGUGGAGAUUACAACAGGAACACCAUAUGAAGGCCAAGAAUGGCGGAAAAGGCAUGACGGAUGAUCAGGUCAAGAUCUUCGUAGACCGCUAUAUUCCCGGAUACGUCUUUUUUGGUGACGGAGUGACGAUAGGAUUAUCGGGCAGUGAAGGAGCGGAAACAGAGCGACUACCGUCGUGGAUAGGGAAGGGGCUAUCAGUGACGAUUGGUGAUGAUAGAGAGCUCCUGCACGUUAGUAAUUUUUAGAAGGUUAGGCUAGAACGCAUUAACUUGACAGAGGACUGCGCAUGGACUGCGCGUUGACUUUAUCUCGCGCGCAAGGCUGAGCGCUUAGUGUUUCUCCUUCGAGCAUAGUAAUGUAUGUGAGACUCUUGGUUUGGGAGUAUUUCUCC